GCAAUAAAUAUUCCUUUUCCUACGAACAAACGUUACUUCAUUAAACGUCCGUGUGACACAAAACGACUUUUAUUUAGUUCCUCCCGGAACUGCACGUCACUUAAAUGACUCAAAUCCCUGUGUUUUGAAGUGAAGCUGACGCUGUGCUGACAGAGCGCCACCCACUGGACGGAAAAUGGAUCGGACCUCGAGAUCAGACGGUGUUGACCCGUGCGUGCUGAUUGAGCAGCUGUGUGAGUUGUGGAGCAGGAAGGAUCUGAAGGAGCUGAGACUGCAGGCUGUAUCUGGGUUCUCCCGGUUCCUCUCACCCCUGUCCGGUCUCCUGAUGCUGCUGGACAGCUGCCCAGGUAUCCAGAAGAGCAGGUCUCCCACGCUGGCUCAGUUCCUCCUCAUGGAGUUUGUGCGCUGGAGGCGGGGCCUGGUGGGGGUCAGCAUGAAAGAGCUGAAGGACAAGGAGGAGAAAAGAAACCUGCAGCUCCGGGCUCUAGAGCUUAUUACGGCCUCACAGCCUGGGUGCAUGGACCUCCUGCUGGAGAUCUACGAGCUGGAGAGCCUGGAAAAGAACCUCCUGCUGGAGCACGUGGCCUACCUGCAGAACAGAUGCUGGUUUAGAGAGGUGGCGAUGCUCGGCAUGAAGUUACGACUUCAGGAGGACCUCGACAUGGAGCAAGUGUGUGUUCCUCUGAUCCUGAUGGACAAGCUGCCCUUGGUGGAGGCAUACGUUCAAGAUCACGUCGAGCUGCAGAAUCAUCUGAUCCGCCUGCUCGACUCGUGGUGCAGUCCAGACUUUACCCUGGAGAACGUGCUCAGGCGGUUUUCUUAUUUGUGUCUUUCCAAGCAUCAGACGGACCAAAUCCAGCCCAAGCUGCUCAUCAGACACGUGUUCCGGCUCAUGGAAAAGUUCAGCAUUGAUCCUGGUGUGUGUGUGAACGCUGUGUAUAAGAGGAAACUUGACUCCCUGAGGUUUCUCAUGUACAAGAGAUUUGGAGAGAAGAACAUGACUGAGGAGAACUGGAGGGACCAUGUGCAGGUCACAGUGAAGGGCAGUGUGGACCUUCAGGUUGUGUUAGUGGAGCUGUUGGUGAAAUACAGUGGGCUGAAGGCUGCAGCUCAGUGGGCCAAACACUUUAGUGUCCCAAGAGACCGACUUCCCACAGGGGUGUGGGACACCAUGGAGACCCUCCCCCCCAGUCAACUAGAGAUAAAUGACGUGUGUUCCCCUCUGGAUCAGUGGAUCACUCCUCCAUCUCAUCAGCUUCAGUUCUACCAACUUCCUCUGAAGGAGCAGCAGGUCAUCAUAGUGGAGAACUUGGAGCAGCUGCAGAUGUGCAAAGUCAUGCUUCUGCAGACUGGACGUGUGGUGGGCGUAGAUAUGGAGUGGAGAGCUGGGUUCGGUACAGUGAGCACCCAGCGCAUCUCUCUGAUCCAGCUGGCCGUGAAGGAGCGAGUGUUCCUGCUGGAUCUGUGUGCUCCAGGUCUCACUCAUCACAGCCUGACCAUAAGCUUCAUCAGAGCACUCCUGACUGACACCAGGAUCCUCAAACUGGGUUAUGGGAUGUCUGGAGAUUUGAGGAGUCUGGUGGCUACAUGGCCUGAGUUAAAAGAGGAACCUCUGGAGUUUAAGGGAGUGUUGGAUCUGCUCCAUGUCCAUCAGCAGCUGCAAAGGUGCUGGCGAGGCAGAGGUGGGCCUCGGCCCGUGGAGGUGAACGAGGGACCUGCGGAGAAAGGGUUGAGUCUGCUGGUGCAGCAGGUGCUGGGAAAACCGCUGGAUAAAACGGAACAGCUGUCUAACUGGGAACGCCGCCCACUUCGUACAGGACAGAUCCGCUAUGCAGCGAUAGACGCGUACUGUCUGUUGGAUGUGUAUCUCUCUCUCUCUGUGAAUCCGGCGGCGUUUGGACUUCCUGAUGAUCUGCUCUCCAUCAGACCAUCGACCAAGAGUGACUCUGAAAAAAAAACAAAGGAGAAGAGGAAGCAGACUGGCCAGAGGGCUCCUCAGUGCGGCGUGGGGUGUGUGGGCGUGCAGGACCAGGAGUGUGUGAGGGGAAACGGUGAAGAGCAUGCUGAGGAACACGGAGCCUCCAUGACGCCUCAGGAGCUGCGGGUGGUGUGUGAUAACAUGCUGCAGGGCCUGGGCAGGUACCUGCGCUGCGUUGGUGUCGAUGUGCUCAUGCUUGAGAACACGGACGAUCACAGAGUAGCAGCACAGAUCGCUCGAAACGAAGGUCGUAUCAUCCUCACCUCCGGACAGCCUUUUCAAACGCUCCGGUCUCAGGUCGCAGAAGGCAGAUGUCUCGCAAUGGAUUGUUCGGAGAAAGCUCGGGACCAGGCUGUUCGUGUCCUCAAGCAUUUCAGCGUCCACCUCAAGCCAUCAGACAUAUUCAGUCGAUGCCAGGCGUGUAACAAUGACGAGUACCUGAAGCUGCCGAGGGAAGACAUGACUCAGAUGAUGAACAAACGAGGUCUGGUUCAGGACACUGUGCAGAAACAGGAAGACUGCGAGUCACAGAGUGACGGUCAGGUGGAGUAUAACAGGUCCCGGCCCCCAGACGGCCCCGCCUUUACUCCUCACUGCCGCUGGGCCCCUCGCUCGGCCCUCGACCCUCACUCGUUCAGGGUCAGGGGCGGAGCUGAAGUUCAGCUGGAGACGGUUCCUCCAGGACUCCUCCCUCGCAUCCCUGAGUACUUCAUCUGCACUCGCUGUGGGAAAGUGUUUUGGGAGGGAACGCACUUCGACCACGUUCUCGCUCAGUUCCAGGAUGUUCUGAACUUUUCAGAGAACAACACGAGGACCAGGAAGCUCUGAGCAUUCCAAAAAAAUAAAUCACGGUCUAAACUGGGAAGUGUGAAGUCGUCAAAUGUCAUCAAACACCCAAUACCAGGAGGCUGUGAGUUUAAGUCCCUGGACGACCCAAAGGAAUGUCAUCAGACCUUAAACACUAUAAAGCAAAAAUAUAUACACACCAAUAUUUACAAUUUUGACACGUUUCAAUGCAACAGAGAAGAGAACUGAAAACAAAGUCAGUUCACCAAAGGGGGAAAAGAGGGGAGGCCAUAGCUAUGUUUUCUAGAUAACCUCGGACCCCUCAGGGGUGUGUUUUGUGUAGAUAGAAAGAAAGAAAUGGGUGGAAUCGUGUCAUAUUUGGGGGUAAAAAUGCAUAGCUGCUAAAUAUUAGUUAUAUAUGACAUAACAGUUAUUCGUUUUCUUGCCAUCCCUUUAUUUACAGCACACAUCCGGACUCAGUUUGAGUUGUGAAGUCAGAUGGAAUUCAUAACUUUAAGAUGUUUUAUGUUCCUCUUCAUUUCAUUUUUUAUUGUUAGCGAUGUUAUGCUAGCUCUCUAAAUACAAAUGCGUUCAGUGGAAAAUUCCAGAAACGAGUGCCGUGACUGACAACUUUGUUAUACUGUCCUCCAUCACCUUGUUUUUAAGGGACUUGUUUUGGGGUGUGGCUCGGUUGUGCUGCACCUCAUCGCAUCGGAAUGUAACUGAUGCUGCGCUAUUUUAUGUAAUUGUUUUGUUUUAUCAGGUCUGUUUUAUUUCAUGUUCCUUUUUUCUCGUUUAUGAUUAAAACACUUUGUGUGAGA